AUGGAGCUGCAGCACAUUGUACAGAAGCUGCGACGGGAACUAACCUGUUCCAUCUGUUUCAAGAGUUUCUUCAAUCCGAUAACGCUUGCCUGCGGGCACAAUUUCUGCCAUGCCUGCCUUGUGAGUUACUGGGGCCAAUUUCCCAUCGAGACGGCUUGUCCUCGAUGUCAGGUGAAAAUUCCUCGGCUGAACUUUAUACCCAACGUCCAGCUGGCGAAUAUUACAAAACUGGUUGAAGAGUUGAAUGUGGAUAUCAAGAAAAUCACAGCAGAGGGCCAUGUGUGUCAGAAGCACCCUCCAACGCUCCAGGCUUUCUGCAGGAAUGAGCUCGUCCUCUUCUGUUCGAGGUGUGAUUUAUCUCGGGAGCAUCUGACUCACGAUGUUGUCCCUGUGGCUGAAGCUGCCCAAGAGUACAAGGGCCAUUUGUUAAGUGUCAUGGGGACUUUAGAGAAUGAGAAAGAAAGGAUUUCAAAACACCACACAGAUGAAGAAACCCAAGCUGGGUCCCUGAUUGAACUAAUAGAAACAGAGAGGCAAUUCGUUAUCACUGAAUUUAAUGCAAUACGCCAAUUUUUGGAAGAACAAGAGAACUUUCUGCUGCUUAAAGUUUUGGAAAAUUUAGAGAAGGGGAUGCUGUGGAAAAAGGCUAAACAUGCAGCCAUCUUAUUCCGGGAAGUCUCAGCUUUUGAUGAAGUUAUCCAGACAGUCAAGGAGAAGUGCCAACAAUCGGCAGUUGAGCUUCUGCAGGAUGUGGGAAGCACUCUUAAGAGCUGUAAGGAAACACUUAUGAAUCCAGUAACGCUUCCUCCAUGGGUGAAAUUGGGAGCCUGGGAUUUACUUGACUUCAAUACCUUUCUAGGGACUCUCAUGAAACAAUUCAAAGAUAUGCUGGUGUUUGGAUAUCAGAUUCAGAAAGCAAAUGUGACUCUGGAUCCUGACACAGCUCAUCCCAAGCUCAUUCUCUCUGAAGAUCUUAAAAGAUGCUGGUUGGGAAGAAAAAGUCAAAACCUCGUCAACGACGACAAGAGAUUUGACCUCAUGCCAUGUGUGUUGGGACGCAAGAUGUUCGUCACCGGCAGGCAUUAUUGGGAUGUUGCUGUGGAAAAUGAGGGCGAUUGGGCUGUCGGAGUUGCCCGGAGUUCAAUGAAGAGAAAGGGCAUUGAGGCCUUCCGUAAUAUGGAAGGGAUCUGGGCAAUGGCGAAGUGUUGUGGCAGGUUCUGGGUGUACAUGAACCCUCCAGUUCUAGUUUCUGAUCCAAUGCGUUGGAAGAUCAAGAAGAUUCGAGUCUCUCUGAACUAUGCUGGAGGCCGGGUGGCUUUUUGUGAUAUUGAAAGAGGAAACCUGCUCCAUGCCUUCUCCUUAACUUCAUAUUUUGGAGAGCCCAUUCACCCUUUCUUUUGGAUUGGGAGGAAAACCCGUCUCUCGCUUUGCCCCUAA